GCGGGGCGCGCUCGCGGGGGGCGGGGCGCGCACGAGACCCCUGGGCACCUGACAUUGCGCGCUGCGGAGAAGCAUGGCGCUGUUUCGUUGUUCAGCUGUUCCAGCCCUCAGGUUCUGGGGCCUGCGAGGUGCGCGGGCGUGGACCCGCUGGCCUCGUAUUCCAGGUGGAGGAUGGUCCAUAUCUUGUUUUGCUGGUGCCUCAAGUGACACUGGAGGUGGAGGCCACAGUCAGAAGAAGUUUCUCCUGCAGGACAUCGCUGAGCUGAUUAAGACCAGAGCCUGCCAGAGGGUGGUGGUCAUGGUGGGGGCCGGAAUCAGCACACCCAGCGGCAUCCCAGACUUCAGGUCUCCAGGGGUUGGCUACUACAGCAUCCUCCAGCAGUACAAGCUCCCCUACCCUGAGGCCAUUUUUGAGCUCUCAUUUUUCUUUCAUGACCCCAAGCCAUUUUUCACUUUCGCCAAGAAGCUGUACCCUGGGAACUAUAGGCCCAAUGCUACUCACUACUUCCUCCGAUUGCUGCACGAGAAGGGGCUGCUUCUGCGGCUCUACACACAGAACAUCGACGGGCUCGAGAGAGCAUCUGGCAUCCCUGCCUCAAAGCUCGUUGAAGCUCAUGGAUCCCUUGCCUCUGCCACGUGCACCAUCUGCCGAAGACCCUACCCAGGGGAGGACUUCUGGGCCGACGUGAUGGUGGACAGGGUCCCCCGCUGCCCCGUCUGCUCUGGCGUCACGAAGCCUGACAUCGUGUUCUUCGGGGAGCCGCUGCCUGCUAGGUUCCUGCUGCAUCUGGCUGACUUCCCCAUGGCAGACCUGCUGCUCAUCCUUGGGACCUCCCUGGAGGUGGAACCUUUUGCCAGCUUGUCCGAUGCUGUGCGGAGCUCGGUGCCCCGACUGCUCAUCAACCAGGACUUGGUGGGGUCCUUGGCUAGGAAUCCUCGAGGCAGGGACGUGGCCCAGCUGGGGGAUGUGGUCCAUGGUGUGAAAAGGCUGGUGGAGCUUCUCGGCUGGACGGACGACAUCCAGGACCUCAUCCAGAGGGAAACUGGAAAGUUUGAUGGCUGGGACAGACUGUGAGGAACGCCUCUCACACCAGAGGUUACUUGGGAGUCACCGCCCAUUUCUGAUGAAGACUUCUGCUUGAAGAAGAGCUCGGGCACGUUUACAAAUUGUGGCUGAACCAGAACACACAACCUGAGGCUGCCCCUGGAGUGUCUUCCCGGGUCUUAACCCCGUGCACUCAGGGCCACUCGCCACAGGUGUGACAGCGCUGCCUGGGCUGACGAUGCUGCUUAACUCUUCACGCUGCUGAAGCUCUCAAUGUCAGAAGCUUUCUCCUGAUGGCGAAUCUCUUGAAUCAGACUGCCUAGAACCCCAAGUUGGGAUCCAUGUGAAGGGCAGGAUCAACAUCUGUCCACCUGGGGUGAGCAGCCCCAGCCACUUUCCAGGAGUGGGUCUGGGUCCCAGGUAAUGCACUAGAGUCUUCUAGCACCCUGGCCUCUUUAGUAGGCUUAUUUUUAGUCUGUCCUUCUUUUCUGGCAUGAAAUAAAUUUUAAUAUAGAAA